AUGAGGAUAAACGUGCAUCUAAAACACAGAGAGGGAACCACCGAAGCCCGGGUAUUGAUCGAUUCGGGAGCAGAAGGACUCUUCAUCGACAAACAAUUCUGCCUAAAUAACAACAUACCAACGCAGAAAAUCGACAGGCCUAUCCCUGUGUUUAACGUAGAUGGAACAGCCAACGACGGAGGAAAAAUCACCGACAAAGCCCGCGUGCUCAUGAGAAUAACAAACGAAGAAGGCGAUUAUCAUGACGAACAAUACGAGCUACUAGCCGCUAACCUGGGAGGCGAAAAUGUGAUCCUAGGAACGGACUAG